AAGGCAAAACUUGUAUAUCAUUGAGAUUAUCAUCACAGUAGUACAAUAAUUAUACUAUUUUUAAGGAGGUCGAAACUCUUUCAUCAUAUUCUAAAACAUACAAUGAAUAACACCUUAAAAACAAAAUAGUGAAAGCAAACAGCAGUUUUGACACAUGUAAUUAACAAAGAAACAACACAAUAAGCUGAGUUCACAAUAUUUAUCGAUAUCUUACUGCGUCACUACAUUAAUAGUUUUAAGUAAGCCUUCAAAAAAAACCUUUUAAUGCUAGCGUGUAUAAUUGUGUAAGAAUGCCUUUCAUAUUGCUAAAUCAAGAAAAGAAAAAAGAGUAAAAGAAUAUAUUAUUAAUAAGACUAAUAAAAUCCGUAACGGUUAUCAUUAAAUACAACAUCCGUCCAAAUCCACAAUUUCUGUAGCGGAAAAAUUAAAUGUUGUACCUUCAAUAAUUUAAAAGAUAAAAUACCUGUGUGACAAGAUUUGAUUUGUCUUAACGCGUAAACUAGUCACAACACCGUUCUGCACGCAUGCCGAUUUUUACAUGACCUAACCUUCAGUUUUCUCUUCCGCGUCUGAUUUGUAUAUCUAAAAGAAACGGUAGAAGUUGAAAAUUGUAUAGUGGUACUAAAAUGUUAAUAUACGUUUUGGAUAUACUGCUGGUCUUACUUCAAGUGUUUGGAAUUCAAGCAUCUGUGGAAUAUUUUGAACUAUCCGGCAAUGUUCUCUGGGACGAAGCCAUUACGCUAAAGAAUUGUAAUAUAGCUCUCCCGGCGGUAACAGUGAAACAAAAUAGAUACACGGUUGAAAUUGAACACGAACUAAGGAACAGGGAAGUAUGGGUCGGAUACUAUUCAAUGAUGACAGUGUUCGAAUACAUUGGGUGUGUGCCUAUUAAUGUAGCACAUGCGACACAUAUGUUACCGUUGGAAGAAAAUGGACCCGGUGCGUGUUACACACUGUGCAGACGAUCCGGAAAAAAUACAGUUGGAAUAAGCCAAGGGAAGUGUUUUUGCAUAGACAAGGAACUAGAAAACAGCUAUAACAACGUUGAAUGCAAUUUGAAAUGUUACAAACCAAUCGGGCUAGUGUGUGGCGGAGUAAAGCAUAUGUCUGUGUAUCGGGCUAACUUGGAUG